CGUUACAAUUUAUAUUGUCACAUGAUGUCACAUGAUUCAGGCCAAUGUUGUUUUAUAUUUAUCACUUGAGUUUUGCUGAUAAAAUUAUUGGGUCAUUUCUGCCAACAUGAAUUCACCUACAUUAAAUGUUGUUCAACACUAUUCAACCUUAACACUAACCAUAAAAUAAUCGACAUUUUAACAACCUCUGAUUGUAAUAUUUCAUAUAAUAGUUGACAUAUUUGUGUUUGUGUUGUGUUUUGAUAGGUUGCAUGUAAGUCAUUUACCAUUAAAUCUACUGUCAUGUAGAAUCACAUUUAAUUUGUUACGAACAAUAAUAAUAAUAACAAUAAAAACACUUCACAUUGAUUUUGUUAUUGCAAGGCAUACAGUCAAUGAAUAAACCAUCUGGUUAAAAUGGUUAGUGAGAAGUUAAUAAUGAAUUUCUUGGGCUGCUUUCAUAGACAGACAAAUUCUAACAAUGAUUUAAAGUUUACUGAAGGGCAUUCGGUGGCACGGUGGUCGACUGGUUAGAGCGUCAACCUCACAGUUCUGAGGACCCGGUUUCAGUCCCCCAGGUUGCGGCUCAGAAAAUGGAUGGAUGAGGGACAUUUCUUCUUCAAAUUGCAGACUACAAUCUGGUAGCAUUGUUACCUUUCUUAAGGUAGAAUUUGAACAAAGAUAUUGGAUCUGAUUAGAUAUGCAGGUGUACAUCGCUGGUGUGCCUGGCUCUGGUUUUUCAACCCAACAAGACCAAUAUUGACAACCUAGUUUAGGGAACGAUUCCUCAGAUAUCUGUGACAAAAGUGGGCGGUCCUAGUUUGAAGGACUCUUGUGACAGGUGAUCCCUAUGCAGUAGAAUCUGGAAAUGAGUGGAUCACGAUAUAAUGAUUGGAAUGAGCUAUCUAUGAGUUAUUUGUGUGGGACAUGAAGAAGCUGGUGUGAAGAAAUGCCUUGAGUAUGGUUUGGCUACCUUGACUUUUUACUGCCGUGGACAUUGUACAGAUUUUUAAACCCAAUAGGGCUAUGCUCAUUUCCAGAUUCCUCCUCAGAUGUAGACACCAAUGGCAAUGGCAAGUUUGAAGGACUUUUGGAACAGACUCCAGAUAUGAGUGAAGGACUAUGGUGAUUAGAAUGGAUAAUGGGGUAUGUGGUAGGUGUACUGUUCUCCAGAAGGGGGUAGCAGUAUGAAGAAACUCACUGUCACUGUUGUAUGAUCUGGAUACCGCUACUCUUUGGUGUCGUGGUCAGUGAGCAGUUUUUUUUCUUCAACUCAGUCUGGCUCCUAAGAGGUCCAUCACAACUUGUGUCAAAAGUUGGAUCGUUAGCCAUGAGACAAGUUCCCAGUUUGAACGAUCUUUGGGACCAGGGGCAGACUUACCACUAGGCAAACACAAGCAAUUGCUUGGGACCCCAAGAUUUCAAGUGGCUCACAAACAUCUCAUAAAACCGGAUUAAUAAAGAGUUCUCCGAGUUAGAACAAUAGUUAUUGUUUUAGUCUUACUUCACAUGCUUAAAACCACAUCAUGAUCAUUUCGACUGCCCCCUCUCCUUUCGCACACAGUGGACUAUUUCAUCUUCUUACCUAAUCUUGUGCAGACUUGAUUCAGGAAGGUGAACUUGUUGGCGCGUUGUGCGAAAAAUCAAACUGGUUAUCCCAGUGGAGUAGAGAAGGCGAAAGGUAAACAAACAAUUUUUCAAAGCUACCCUUGCUUUUUCAUGGUGACACCAAAUGUGGGUAAUGGACAACAGCAAGAGCCAGACGCUCUUGCAGUAGCACUGCUGUCAUUGUCAGCCAAGGAUUCAGUAGCGAUGAAGUGAUGUGACAUGAGUGAUGUUUUUCAUCAAGAUGUAUUACAGCAGUUGAAAUGGUAAACUGUAUUGAAUGUUGACUAAUGUUCUUAUUAAUUACAGUAAGAGGAUUAAGAUGAUUCACUUGUUGGAUAAUAACCCUAAAGAGGGAUUUUUUCCCUCAAAUUCACUUUUACUUUCACUUCAAUUCACUUUUUAGUUGAUCAUAAGCAUUAAUAUUCCAAAUCUUUGCAGUACAUGGAUGUGGAGGGCCACAUGAAUAGGUUUGCCUUGCUCCCAAAUGACUUUACGGUGGUAUACGUAGCCUGGCUACCUUGGCAGGAAUUUCUUUGGUGCUGUGGUCAAUGUACAGGCUUUUCAACCCAAUAGAACUAAGUUUGAAUCCAAAUAGACACCUUUCAGAGUUCAGUGUCAGAAGUGGUUCAUGAUGAGACCAUCCAUGAUGUUCACACUUUUAAGGAUGCUGGGAACAGGUGACCCCUGUAUAGGCCAGAACUAGCUACCACUUUUUUUCAACCCAAUUCCAAAAGGGGAUAAGGAUACUCUUGCUCAGAGUUCAGCUACUGUACAUUGUUGACGAUAUUUCCCUUACUAUGAAAUGGAGUGGUACUGUUAGCAGUUGCUCAGUUCUGCGGUUCAGAGUUUGAAUCUGGGCGACAGCCUUCCUGUGAGGCGUUCUACCUGUAUGUUGCUGGGUUUUCGCAGGGUACUUUGGCUUCCAACCCCCCCCCCCUCCACUCCCCCAAAACAUGCAUUUUAGGUUCAGUGAAGACUGUAAUUAUCCUUAGUUGUGAAUGUGAACAGUUAUUUGUCUAUGCAGUAUGUGAGACCAGUCCAGGGUGUAGUCAGCUGGGAUAGGCUCCAGCUCACCCAUGACCCUAAUGAGGAUAGCGGUAUAGAAAAUGAUGAAAGGUAAGCAGUACAGAAGAUGGAUGGAUGGAUGUUACACAACCCCUGUCAGGUGAAGUCCAAGUAGCCUGUAACAUAUUGACAGUGGAAACUGCUUUGGCAUCUGACCUUUUUACUGGAAAUGCUUAAUGCAUUGCCGCGCAUAAGGUCCAUUGCAUGUUAUUUACAUUCUCAAGAGCAGGUCAAAGUCCAAAUGGAGCCAACAAACAUUCCAGAAGAGAAUCCAAAAAGUGACCACGAUCCAAAUGAUCCUUUUUUGAUCAAGAGAGGAAAGUGGGCCAACAAGAGAGAGUUUAUUCUGGCAGUGGUUGGAGAAAUCAUCGGUCUAGGGAAUGUCUGGAGAUUUCCUUAUCUCUGCUUCAAGAAUGGCGGUGGUGCCUUCUUGGUGCCAUAUGUGGUGUUCCUGCUGACCUGUGCGAUCCCCAUCUUCUUCCUCGAGUUGUCUUUGGGACAGUUGACCGGUCAAGGUGGAAUCACAUGCUGGAGAAAAAUAUGUCCCUUACUUGAAGGUAUAGGGUAUGGCAGUAUAGUGGUCAUGCUGUAUACAGUAAUGUAUUACAUCGUCAUUCUGGCAUGGGCCUUCCUCUACUUCUUCUCCUCCUUCCAGUCUGAACUCCCCUGGGCCAGCUGUAACAAUACCUGGAACACAGGUGACUGUGUUGAUAACCGAAAAAGUAAUUCAGCAAAUAUCAGCAUUUCUGCAAAUGUGACAUCUUCCGUUGAAGAAUUCUGGCAGAAGAGGAUCCUGAGUCUAUCUGGAGGGAUCGAGGAAAUGGGAAGUAUUCGUUGGGACCUGGCCGGAUGUCUUGUGCUCAGCUGGAUUAUGUGUUACUUCUGUGUCUGGAAAGGUGUUAAGUCUUCAGGAAAGGUUGUCUACUUCACAGCACCAUUUCCCUACGUGAUGAUGAUUGCUUUGGUGGUCCGUGGUCUGACCUUACCAGGGGCCAUGGAUGGAAUUCGAUUUUACCUCUCUCCUGAUCCCACACGUCUAUCUGAGCCACAAGUGUGGAUGGAUGCAGUGAGCCAAACAUUUUACUCCUAUGCUGUCUGCACGGGUUGUUUGGCAUCGUUGGGAAGUUACAACAACUACAAUAACAACUGCUACAAAGACACAUUUGCACUGUGCCUCCUGAACACUUCAACCAGCCUUGUCGCUGGCAUUGCAGUAUUCUCGGUUCUUGGCUUUAUGUCAUAUGAGCUGGGUAUUGACAUCUCGGAAGUAGCUGAAUCAGGUCCAGGCCUGGCAUUCAUUGCUUACCCUCAGGCAGUAGCCAUGAUGCCUUUACCACAACUCUGGGCUGCCUUCUUUUUCAUAAUGAUUAUCUUCCUGGGACUAGACAGUCAGUUUGUUUAUCUUGAAGCAUUGGUUACAUCCAUAUCAGAUCUGUACCCAUCCAUCUUUUUCACUGGACACCGACGUAAAAUACUGCUCCUGGGUCUGUGCGGUAUUUCCUUUUGUGUCGGCUUCUGUAUGGUUACUGAGGGAGGACUGUAUGUGUUUCACCUUUUUGACUAUUAUGCCUGCGCUGGCAUCCCCCUGAUCACUUUUGGCAUAAUGGAGUCCCUUUGCAUAGGAUGGAUAUAUGGUGCUGAUAAUUAUUAUAAUUAUAUCACAGAUAUGAUUGGCUAUCGGCCUUCACUUUAUCUGAAAUAUUGUUGGAAGUUUGUCACUCCAUUAUUGUUGACUGGCGUAUUAGUACUCUUCUUUCUUGUGAAAUUCAGCCCUUUGAAGUACAAUAAUACCUACUUGUACCCCUGGUGGGCACAUGCUCUGGGACUAUUACUUGCAUUCUCUUCCGUUAUCAUGAUUCCUCUGUGGAUUCUCUACAGUGUCGCUAAAACUCCAGGAUCACUCCCUCAGAGAAUAAGAACGUUGACGACGCCAACAAGCAGAUCACUCUGCGUGUCAGUGAACAAGUCUGAAAAAUAUUGCUCUAUCAAGUCAGAAGUGUGCCUUGAAAAGGAGUAAAAAAACAACAGGCGUGGACAACAAAGAUGCAUGUAACAUGAAAACAGUAUCUACUGAAUAUAAGGAUAACGUAAUAAAUCUCAAUUUAAAUGAUGCAUACAGUAACUUACGUACAUAAUCAACUACUGUGAACAUCUGCAAGAGAUUUUUUGUUUUAAACAAACCUCUAAAAUGUACCAUUUAUAAAAGUCAAUAGCAGCAUUUAAUUAAAAGUCAGGUAUGUGCUUAUUGUGAAUGAUUAUAAAUCAAAUAGAGGGGAGCAGCAUUUUAGUGAACAAUAUUUAAAAAAAUAUUUUUGACUUAAAUAACAUUCUUCUUCUUAUUAUUAUUAUUAUUAUUAUUAGUAGUAGUAGUAAUGCGGUAUUGAAGCUUCAGCAGUUCCUUAUUUUUCCCCCAGAGGGAGCUAAAUGCUCGUGUGUUUGUGAUUAGGUCCUUUUCCUUGUGCGCGUGUCGUGUGUGUGCGCUUGUGCGUGUCCUUAGAUGCCAUCCUCAUCAAGUUUAAAAGAAAGUUUAACUACAGGUGAAAAAGGGAAGAAGACAGGUCGAUCUCUCUGGAGAUGAACAAUUGAGUGAUAAAAUAAAUGCCAAGUUUUAUUUUCUUUGA